UUUUUUUUUUAAAUAUAUAAAUUAGGGUUCUUGGUUUAGGGGUUUGAAAAGAUCGUCAAAUGGCUAAAGAGAUAGAUAAUUUAUGGAGAGAAGUGAGAGAAUUAAGCUUAGGAACUAAAAUCGAACGUCUUGAUUCGCCACCGUCUCCGGUGAAGUUUCUAAGAGACUACGUGUCUCAGAGCAAGCCUUGUGUAAUCUCCAACGCUAUUGCUCAUUGGCCGGCUUUAAAACUCUGGUCGGAUCCGGCUUACCUCUCCAGAGCUUUGUCGAAUGAUCUUGUUUCAUUACAUCUCACUCCUAACGGCUGCGCUGACGCCGUCACUCCUGUCGGAGAUAGAGAUGAUCUCUGUUUCGCUUCGGCUCAUGUGGAGAAAGUUUUGUUUCCGGAGGCUCUUCAGGCUGUUCAAUCGUCGUGUAAGGGGAAAAAGGUUGGGUAUUUACAACAGCAGAACGAUUGUUUCAGAACGGAGUAUUCGACUGUUGGUUUAGACUGUGACGGAGAUAUCUCGUGGGCUACGGAGGCGUUUGGUUGUUCGCCGGAAGCUGUGAACCUUUGGAUUGGCACUGAACACUCUGUGACUUCUUUCCACAAAGAUCAUUACGAGAAUCUAUACGCAGUUGUUUCAGGGGAGAAACAUUUCCUUCUCCUUCCUCCGACUGAUGUACAUCGCCUUUAUAUCGAACAGUAUCCAGCAGCCAAUUACUCUUACAAUCGAGAUACUGAAGCGUUCAAGCUUGAGGUUGGGGAGCCGAUGAGGCAUGUGCCUUGGUGUAGUGUGGAUCCAUACCCUUCAUCGGAGAAUGAAGCAAGUGAGAGAUUAAAGUAUCCGUUGUUCUUCAAUGGCCCGAAGCCGUUUCAUUGUACUGUCAAGGCUGGCGAGAUUCUUUACCUGCCAAGCAUGUGGUUUCACCAUGUUAGUCAAACCCCAGGAGAUGGUGGCUAUACCAUUGCAGUGAACUAUUGGUAUGACAUGCAGUUCGACAUCAAGUAUGCUUAUUUCAACUUCUUGCAAUCUUUAUCAUACAAGUCAUCUUCACUCAAUCCAAUUCUGUCUUGGAGAGAAGACGAAGAUUGGGAAUCCAGUGAUGCAGAGAGGAAUUCAGAUUAAAACUCCGGAACUGGCUACAUGGUCAACUCCUUUCCAGGGGGUCCCAAACAGAACUUUGAAACCGCAAAGCUUCAAGCAGAUCCCAUUCCCCAAAACCCCACCUGGAACCGAAGAUCUAUACUCUUCGCUGGAACAGGAAUCAACGUCAUGUGAUCACUGUUUGGGCUUAUGAGAAGAUGAGCUACAGUACACAUUAUGAAGUCUGGUAUAAGACUGACCUCGCUGUUUCCCUCAACUGUCUUUUUGAUAUCAUAUGGGGGCCUGAAAGUCACCCGCCACAUUUCGAAUAAAUGCCUAGCAGAGAUUUUUAUUAUUGACUUUUAUUAUCAUCAGCCAUAUUGCAAUGGAAAAUUACCAAAACGCCAUUUCUCUCUUUGUUGCUAUAAAGCAAGUUCACUGCCUAUGCCACAAUUUGGGGUUUGUUGGAAAAGAUUUUGUAUCUUUCGUACACUUAUGUUGGUAAUGGGGCUACUUUUUGGCAGCGAGUGCUAGUGAAUGCCAUAAAGCUCGGGUUUG